AUGUCUCAGCAGUAUUCUGGCACCUAUGAGUUGCAAGAUGGGGGAGGUAUGAAGAUGAAGAGAAGUUGUGGUGUUACAUUUAGUAGAACGACUUUGCAUGGGCAAGAACACGUUAUUGCAGAGAGGAAGCGCCGGGAGAAGCUGAACCAGCGGUUCAUUGCUCUUUCGUCCAUCAUUCCUGGCCUUACAAAGGUGGACAAGGCUUCUGUCCUUGGAGAUACGAUAAAGUACUUGAAACAACUCGAGGAACGUGUGAAGAUCCUUGAGGAAGAGAUGGCCACAAGAACCGUGGAAUCUGCGACCUUCGCAAAGAAGCCAUCGCUCCAACGUGGUGAUGGCGUUAUAUCUUUUUCAUCUGAUGAGAAGUCGUAUGACCCUCUCAUUGGUCAGCAACUGCCUGAUGUCGAAGCACGGGUGUCAGGGAAGAACGUUUUGAUCAAAGUCCAGUGCGAGAAGCGCGAGGGUUGCAUCAAGGAAGUGAUGAAACAGAUUGAGGUCAUGAACUUGACAACUCUAAAUAUCAGCGUCCUAGCAUUUGGGAGUUCACUCUUGGAUGUCACUAUUGUGGCCCAGAUAGAAAAUGAGAACUGCCCAACAAUUCAGGAGAUCGUCAAAAAACUGCGCAAUGCUCUGACCACGUUCAUCAGAUCAUCUUCAAGACAGUCAGCUUGUUAG